AUGUCGCGCCCCUCAGCCCUAACAUGCGUUAUCAUCGCGGGCAGUCUCUCUCUUUUCCUGGUCGUCUUUACAUUCUUCCAAGAGUCAUUAGAAGUUCCCUGGACAUAUGUACACAACAAAGCAGAAGAGUACAUCAACACAAACACUAACACAACAGCUAUAACAACUCCAACAUCUUCAUUACCAGCACAGCAAACGCAAACCAAUAUUCCCGUAUUAAACUGCAAAGAUCCUUACCGCGAACCUGGUUAUCUUUACAUCCCCGCCGACAUAAACGGCACCAACCAAUACAAAAAGACACAAUGGGUUCCCUUCUCCGAUAACCUGCUCGAAGCUGAAGCGCCCGAUUACGCUGUCUAUCCUGCGGCCGGCGAGGUCAUCUUUAACGCGACGGAACCGGAGCCUGAGUUUGUCAAGCACUCGUCCACACCGCGACAAUGGCUACCCGAGGCCAUCGCCGAGAGCGUCCGUCGAAAGAAGGCCAUCAACGCCAACGCCGACACCAACGUUGACGCCUACGCACCCAUGAAGAACGACGGCGACUUUGGCUGGCUCUGGGGUCGUCGCAUCAUUCUGUUCAGCGACUCUGUCGAUCGAUUCAUGAUGCAAUUCUUUUGCAGCGAGUUCAAGCACAACAUGAAGCAGCCCAAGGCUCACACCAUCGCCAGCUGCAGCAUCCCCGAGUUCAACCUGACGUUUGUCCACUGGCACUUUGCCGGUUCCAUGACGUACCGACCGGACUGGUGGUGGAUGGAUGACAUGGAGGAGAUUGCCUUUGAGGAGCGCUGGGACAAGUACUGGACCCCCAUGUACGACCAGGUUCGCGGUCCCAAGAAUAGGCCAGACUUGAUUCUCUGGCAGAACGGACUCUGGGAUCAGCGUGCUUUCUGGGAAGCUGGUGAAGCGAACCACGAGAAGGAUGUGUAUCCCAUGGGAUCGCGCGAGCGCCAGUUGGUCUGGCAAGAAGUGCGUUUCGCUGCCGCCCGUAUCCGUGACUUUGUCAAGCGUAUUUCCACCGAAUUUGGCGAUGCACCAACCAUGUUCCGCAGCAUGACUAUGCACCGUGAGAGCAACGCCAGGGAUGCAUCUAUCUACGACCUCGAGCGGUUAUCUCGUGCGAUCGCGGCCAAGGCCGGGCACGAAGUAUUCGAAUGGGGACGUCUCAUUUCCUCCCUUUCGAUGCUGUACAAGGAUCAGACGCAUCCUGGACGAGGCCCGGCGAGUUGGCUUUGGGGAAACAUGGUGCUUGAGUAUCUUGCCCGCGUGGGUGAAGCGGGAGAUGACAAGAGGAAACCCUACUUUGAUGGUUGGGAUAAGUGCCAUUCCGAGUUGGUAAGCUGGGGUGGACGAUAG